AUGGGGGGAGAGCAAGACGGCCAGACAUCUCUAAGAAAUGUCUUUAAUGGUUCAAAAUUCCUAGUAUCUAAACAGGAGCAACUGAUGGAGACAAUCGAGCACUCCGAGAGGUCACCGCGCAGUAAAGUUUGGUUUCACAAACGGGCUUGGACGCUAUUGACAAAAGCAAAGUCUCCCAAGUCAAGAGAGACCCGGGGUCGGGGAGCGCCCGGAAGCCCAGCAGGACACAGUCCGCCGCAGGGACCGGGGAGGACGUGUGGCGACCCUGCAGCGGAGAACCCUAGCCUCAACCCACUCCCCCAGGACCCCGGGCGGGGACGGGAGCCGCCGGCGGAGGCGGCGGGUAGGCCACAAGGAGGAAAUGGGACGGGGUACCUACAGCGAGGCGGAGGCGGCCGACACGGGGCCGCCCUCGCGGGGGUGGCGAGAGGAACCGGGGGGCCUCCCCGCCUCAGCCUCCCCCGCCCCCAGAGGCGGCUCCAACUUUCCUCCGAGCGCAGAACGCCGCCUGGGCCGCGCGGGAUUCCGAAACUUUGUCCGCCCUCCCAUCGCUCCGGGCCCCCUCUCCCCCACUCCGCCAGCCUGUCCACCCCACCCCGCAGCGACAGCUGCCUGCGCCCGUCCACCCCCGGGGUCGGCCCAUGUUUACCUCAGGCCGAGGUCGAGGCGCUGGUUCCGGCGGCGGCGGCAGCCCCACUGCAGGUUCCUAGGUCCCCGUCACGCCGCCGCCAAGUUCCCCAACAUGGACUCCGCGCCGGCUCUGCUGGCUGGCGCGGGAGGUGGCGGCGAUGGAGCAGGGAGCGGACCCGGGCUGCGCUGCUCCGCGCGGCUUGCGCCACCGCUGCUCCCCCUCCCCCCGCCCCGUCUGGCCUCCUCCCGCCCCGCUCCGCGCGUCCCCUUCCCCCUCCCCCCCCACCACUCUCCUCAGCUAAGCCGCGCCGCCACAGGUCGGCGCGCUACGGUGACGCCGGCGGCGGCGGCGGCGGCGGGACCCUCCGCGCUUUCCCUACUCGCUCGCACUGGCCCUGCGUGCACGACUGCAGCGCUCAACCAGACCUCAGGGGGGCGCAGGCAAUCCACCGUUUGCGACGGAAGAACGUGACGGGCGGAGUCAAGUCACGCGGCCUGCGAGCAGGAGGGAGGGCCCCAGCUGGCGGCGCGGGCUUCUGGGAAACGUCCUUAAAGCCCGGCUCUCCUCCCACGCCGCGGGUUCUGCGCCUGCGCGCUGGAGUCAGUCCUGCGUUGCCGGCUGUACGCCCUAAGCUGCAGAAGACAGUUAAGACGGCCGUCGGAGAACAGGACCGUUAUCCGCCUGAACUACAUCCUGCGGGGAGACUGAAGUGGCCCCAACUUGUAAGCUCACCUCUUUCUUCCCGCCCAGUGGCAUUUUUAAAAGGCUUUGGAGAGGUAUCCUACGUGACUCAUCAGGCCUAG